ACGCAGCAACGUCUUUCCCACUCCAGUUCCCGGGGAGGCGCACCACGUACGACCAUACCGACCAUCAAUCAUCCCCCUAUACCAUCGUCGCCUACCCUACUCUAUAGGGGAUAGGGCAAAUCGAGGGGAGGAAGAGAGAUCGAUACGGUGCUGCAGCUCGCAACGCGGACAAAUCUAUCCAACCUACUCCGUAGAACCCCCCCCGACUCCGCGCGGUACUGUACUAUACCCGUACGCGACGUAUUCCCCCUCCUCUAUAAUAUCGAUAUCGUGCUCUUCCGCUUCUCUUGAAACAUCCGAAUACCCCCUUCCCCUUACGCCACAACCAAGAAUCGAUCGAGACAGUGUAUUAAAAUGGUAUUCCCAAGUCGCUCCCUUUGGAUGUCAUUACUGUUACCCCGAGAUUCAAAUUCUCAAAAUCCCGAACUUGAUUGGUUACAGCAGACAAACACUGACGCAGGCUCUUUCCUUUUUUUUCACAAUCGACAGUCCAAGGAUUCUAAAAGAACUUAUGUGCACCUUUCCAGCGGCCGGACUGCGGAUUUGUUUGAGGUAUGGGCUAUUGCUCGCUCCCCGCCCUUCCUCCUCUCUGGAGUGUCGGGGCGAGUUUGCUUUCAUAGGAGGGGUCAUCUAAUAGUAUGGUAUGGUAUGGUACGGCAUGUGGCCAAAUGAUAGGAGUUUUGCCGCGACAAACUUCCGAACGAUGGUACGUUUUGUUGAUUUCCGAUCCUGUGCUGGCUGGUUCUGUGGGAGGGGUGGAUCAUAUCCAGCUAAUUUCUGACAUUUGUUGUGGAUGGUCAAGAUAUAUAUGUCCCACCGCACCAUCAGCCCAUCAAUCCUGAAGAUGAAGAUGACGGUAUGUUUCCGUUUCAGCGGGUCUCCGGAAAGAAACGCCAUUCUAUUUCUAGAAAUACAAGUACCUCAGCUUACCCGUACUCACCUCACGAACUGAAGUAAUCCCCGACCAGCACGGUAAGCCUCGACAACCCAAUCCAAUACCGAGCUCCGUUAAAGCACUUUUAUUGUACCGUGCAUACUUUUUCCCCCUGCCGAUGCUGAUACCAUAUCUAUACAGCCGCCUUUGGCAUCGCACAGGCCCAGCAGAAAAAGCACGAGCCGGCGUGGAAGGAUCUCGGGCUAAACGAGCUCAUGGUGAAGGGGCCGGGGCCGCAUGCAAUGGCAGCCCCGUUGAGAAGGCUGCUUCCCCGGUAGGCUGGGAGGUUUUGAUCAAUUGCUGGUAGCCCCAUGGCAAUUGUUUUCGCGGUGACUGUGGGGCUACCGUGGACAGGAUCGCGGAUAGGAGGGGAAACCGGGGGUCCUGUAAAACACCAUACACUCUUAACUUUGGCUUUGCCCAAGGUACAGUGAUAUGGUAUUGCCGACGAGUUGAAUCACGUGAUGGGAAUAACAAGGAUGAUUUUUCCCCCAAGAGUGCAACAGCACGAACCUCACAUGGCAAGAUAAAUACGGAGUCCUUCUCCCCCUCCUCCACCUCACGCCAAGUCCCAAGGAAUUCACCGUAUCCCAAGACCAUAGGCGAGUGAUAAUCCGUGAUCUGCCGAAUAGGGCACUGUACGUACUCUUGCUGGUUGCUCGUGUCGCCCGCUCCGCUACGCCGCGCUACACGUUGCGCAUACCAAGGGGGGGGGGGCUCGACUGUGAAUGGAAAAUGACUUGGCUGCUAAUUUACAUGCUACCGUAGUAUAAUAUCACACCGACGAGGCUCUACCUCGCCCUCCUCGGAAUUGGGCGAAUGGACGGACGGACGGACGGACGGAUGGCGAUCACUACCCCGCGAUGAAAAACUCUAGUAUAUAAUAUCAUAGUUGUAGGAUCACGGCCCCCGCGCACUAGCACUUUCCUCCCCAAUUACUCGUGGCUGUCAGGUCAGGAUGGUAGCGGCGAGCGGGGGCGUUACUAUGUAUCUUACCGGCCACCGUACGGUUGAGCACCGUACAAUAGUAUAACUCUUGGCCUGGCUAACGGUGAAAGGGGGGCAAAGUGCCGCUCUCUCUAUUACCUAAAUUACUGUUUGUCCGAGAAGGAUUUUUUUUGCUGGUGCUGUGGAUAACUUGGCUCCUUCCGACUUGUAGUGCAGUAGACUACCUGUAUAGUAGUUCUGUUGCUGGUAUGAUAUGUAUCAUACUCCUUGCUUGCUUGCGAUACCGUACCUAGAGGGUGCUGCGGUUGGCUGGGAGGUUCAUUUCGUCGGAUGGUUCGGUAUGCAACUUGGGGGACACUUGGUUUCUUGGGUUUGUUUGGUCGAAGGGUUAACCGGUGGGGGGGGGAUAAUCCCUGGCGGCGCAGUACUCGUGGGCUAUGAUAUUAUCGGGCUUGCUCUUUACGGGCACAAAUAUGCAAAGGUUAGGAUAUUUG